AUGAAAGAACAGAAAACAAGUUAUGGAAAUGGAGGUACGGGAGGGUUACCUAAACAAAGGACGCUUUCGGAUCCAAACCUCUCGUUCUCAUUUUCAGACACGGAUGAAGAACUCAACAGCCGGCGGAGCGACUUUUCCGGCUAUGAUGCCCAGCGAACAAGCAUUGAGGGCUCACCAAUGAUGAAGUCACCCUGGAACCAGGGUACUCCUUUCCUUCCAUCUGCAUGGUCAAGCUCUAAUAUUGACGAUCCAAAUUGUCAUAAAAAUGGUCUUGUUGGCUCCUUGGUACGUGAAGAAGGCCAUAUUUAUUCACUCGCAGCCUGUGAUGAUCUUCUGUACACAGGUUCAGACAGCAAGAAUGUCCGUGUAUGGAAGAACAUGAACGAGUUUGCAGCUUUUAAAUCCAACAGUGGAUUGGUGAAGGCGAUUAUCAUAUCCAAUGGAAAGAUUUUCACCGGACAUCAAGAUGGAAAAGUUCGUGUAUGGAAACCAAGCCGUAGGAAGCCAACCCUUUACAAUCGUGUGGGCACCUACCCCUCGUUCUUUGCGAUCCUUAAAAGUUCAGUAAACCCAUGGCACACUGCAGUUUGGGUCAAACACUGUGAUGCCAUUUCGUGUCUUAGCAUGAAUGAAGAAGCAGGGCUGCUUUAUUCAGGGUCAUGGGAUAGGACAUUUAAAGUAUGGAAAACGUCAAACUCAAGAUGUUUACAGACCGUGAAGGCGCAUGACGAUGCAGUGAACUCUGUUAUCUCCACCGUAGAAGGGUAUGUGUUCACGGGAUCUGCAGAUGGGUCCGUGAAGGUCUGGAAACGUGAAGGGAAAGGAAGAUCGAUGAAGCAUAUCUUCGUGAAAACUCUAUUUAAUCAAGAUAGUGCUGUGACAGCAUUGACAGCGUCUAGUACAGGCUCGUUUGUGUACUGCGGGACAUCGGACGGAAUAGUAAACUUCUGGGAAGGAGGAAACGAGUUGGCUCAUGGUGGCGUCCUCAAUGGACACAAGUUAGCGGUUCUGUGUCUUUCGGCUGCUGGUAAUCUGGUGUUCAGUGGAUCAGCUGAUAAAAUGAUAUGUGUAUGGAGGAGCGAGGGGAUUAUCCAUACAUGCUUGUCGGUGCUGACUGGCCAUUCUGGACCGGUGAAGUGUCUGGCGGUGGUGCGGGAGGCGGAGUCAGACAGCGGUAAGGGGAGAUGGAAGGUUUAUAGUGGCAGUUUGGAUAAAUCCGUCAAAGUUUGGAGUGUGUCAGAGCUGGCACCAGACAUGCAAACAUUGGCUCUCAUGAAUGGAGACGUUUCAUUGGAUCAUAUACCAUCGGCAAAGUAUUGA